AUGCCAUUCCUAGGAGACCAGACCUCAGAGGAAUGGGUAAGCGUACCGGAAACACUUGAUGCAACUGAGGUGUGGCUAGAUGAUUUAUACCGGUCCCUGCGGUGGCAUGCCUACCACCUCUACCCAUUGCUGGUCAAGUAUAAGUGUAGUAAAGGGGGAGAGUACGAUGGCCCUGGUUUGUUGUGGGAGGCUUUUGAAACUAGUCUGGGAUUCAGAGAAUCUGACAGUGCCUGCUUCUGGUCCAUCCAAACUGAGCGGGCAGACACCUGGGACCUUACUGAGAUGACUGCCAUUCAGCCAGACCUGUCUUUUCUUGCCAACUAG